AUGUUUAAUAGAUACAUGUUCGGGGAUGAGGAUUCAGAGGUUGUCAGCACACCAGGAAAAGACUCUCCAUACAGAACACCAUUAAGGGACAUUUCCAAUGAACCACCCAACUCAUCACAAUCCGAAUAUUUUGAUGAAAAUAAUUCCAUCCUAGAGACUCCACAAGUGAAGGACUCUAAACGACUUCAGAUGCAUCCAACCAUUGAUAUUCAACUUAUUAAUCAAAAGCUUGAAAGAAUCAAGGAUGAAAUCAAGAGAGAAGUCGAGAAGAGAUUGGAACAAAUGAAAUCCGAAUAUCAACAAGAAUUACAAAUCAUCAAGGAACAGUUUCUAAAGAAUGAAAAAGAGUUGGAGAAGGAACGAUUUGAAAAGAGAGAACUCGAAGCCAAGUGUGAAGCACUCGAAAAUAGGUUAAAAUCCUUAGCCUCUUCAAAGGAGACCUCUGCUGAUGAAUUAGCCCAAGAACUCAUCAAACAAGCCAGAGAAAUGCAAUGGCUUCAAGAAACGCCAGCCAUUCAAAUUAAGGAACCAACAAGACAACCAUCAACCGAUAACAGUGUUGAUGAUGAGGAUGAAGAGAAUGUAAAUAAUACUAAUCAAUAUGAAUACUAUCACCAAGAGGUUCAACCUCCACACUAUGAAGAUAAUGAAGAGGAUGAUGAAGAAACCAAUGAAGGAACGUCACACUAUGAGGAAACAAAUCAAUUACCUUCCUUCAAUAAUAAUCUAUAUGGAGCUCCAAAUAUGCAUAACAUGUUCACAAAUAAUCAAUUUAUGCCACCAACGAUGAUUCCACAAUCGUAUCAAAAUCAACCACCAUUCAAUCAAUUACCAAAUCAAUUCAUGCCAGUUCCUGCAUCCUCAAUGGAUUUUCAAAUUAAUAAUCCAUUCUAUCCACCAACAAUGCAACAAUAUCCAUUCAAUAAUGCAAUGUCACUUCCUCAAUCAGUUUCACUUCAACCUCAAUCUCAACAUCAUCAAUUUACCUACAAUGAGGAAAAUGUGAUGGUUGAUCCAGUUCGCCCACCUCUAUCCUUAUCAGGGGAUAAUUACUUUGAAAGAGAAUUGGCCUCACCACUCAGAGAGGAAGUUGAAUCUAAACCAAUAGUCAACACUGAAUCUGUUGAAGCAAAGAAAAAGAAGGACUAUAAGGAAGUGAAGGGAAUUUACCAAUACACAACAAUCCUUCAACAAUUAAAUCUCAAAUCUGACAAGAAGACUGAACCUGCCAAACCGAAUGUAAAAAAAACCACCAACACUAACAACAAUACAAAGAAGGAAGCUUCAAAGAAGAAAUCUAAUCCUCCACAAUUGUCUCUUAAGGAAAGAGUACAACAAUGGAAGAAGGAAGAAAAGGAAAAGGAAGAAAAGUUCACAAAUCAACAAGAAUUGUUGGAAAUCUAUUUCAAUUCCAAAAUGAAAGGAACCAGUUCUUGUGAGAGAUUGAGAAAUAUCGUUCUCCAUACCUAUCAAAUGUGGAACAAUUUAAAUAUUGCUUUCACUGAUAGAGAAAGGUUUAUGGAUGAACACGUUCUCAAACCAAUCAGUCAAGCAGGUAAAAAAUCAGAUAGUAGAUGGGUUAUGAACGAAGAGUACAUUGCUAAUAUUUCUGGAGCAUUCAUCAAUGAAUACAAUCGUCUGAGCGGUAUGGUACAACAAAAUGGGUCGAUCUAUAAACUUAUUGGGGAAAGAGAACAAACCAAAAUGAGAUUGGAUUCUUUGAAACAAAUGGAAAAGCCACCAGUUUCAGAGUUUUCAGAGCUUACUUCAUUGUUGAAAAAGUUGAACACUGAUGUUAGUAAGGUUGUAUCAGAAUGGGAGGUAAAGAAUUCUUCCAAUUUUAUUUUAAGAGGUUUCAGAUAUUUAGAUUUGAUUCAAUACGAAAAUUUGGUACAGAAAGAAGAAAUAGAAGAGAAUGAAAGAAAGGCUCUCCAAAAUAGAAUUAGAAGAUCUUUCCAAUAA